UAUAAAACAUACAUUAUGUGAAUCCAUGGGAGCUUUUAUUUAGAUGUCUUAUGCAAUCGCUUGAGUCCCUGUGGGAGAUGAUGGGAAGUCAAGCGUUAGUAAUCCAUAUUGUCUGUUCAUCUCCAAACACAUGCACAUCAAAGCAGUGUCUUCAGCAUCUUCCUACACUAAAAUGGAUUUAGCAGGACUGAAUUCAAGAGAACGCUUGUUUUUAGUUAUAUGUGUUAUUUCUUGCCUAUGCGUGUCAACGGAUGCCGAGGCAAGCUGCAAACUCAAGGCCAAAUUUAAUCUGAGUGGAUAUAAGGAUGUGGAAAAGAAGACAGUGGUUGUUGGCGGUAUGUUCCCCGUUCACCAACGCCUGGCUUCAACUGACAGCAACACCACAAACGCUCCAGAUUCUUCUGGAUGUGAGGGCUUUAAUUUCCGUACUUUCCGCUGGGCUCAGACCAUGCUGUUUGCCAUUAAAGAGAUCAACGCCAGGGUAGACAUAUUACCCAAAACUGAUCUGGGAUAUGUCAUCUAUGAUUCCUGUUUCACCAUUUCCAAAGCUGUAGAAGGAACCCUCACCUUCUUGACGGGACAAGAUGAGGCUGUACCCAAUUAUCGCUGUGGGAAUGGGCCGCCCCUCUCUGCUUUGGUCGGUGCAGGAGGAUCUGAUCUGUCAAUUGCCACAGCCAGGAUCCUGGGACUCUACUAUUUCCCACAAAUGAGUUACGCAUCUUCAUGCUCAGUUUUAGAAAGCAGAUUUCAAUACCCCACUUUCCUCCGCACCAUCCCCAGCGACGAGCAUCAGUCUGUGGCCAUGGCGCGACUGGUGCUUCAUUUUGGCUGGACCUGGGUGGGUACCAUCGCCGCCGACGACGAUUACGGCAAAUAUGGCAUCAAGAGGUUCAAGGAGGUCGUAGAGGAAGCAGGGGUCUGCAUAUCCUUCUCUGAAACCCUCCCCAAAGUCAGCAACCCAGAGGCCAUCCAGCGCAUUGUGCAGACAGUGCUGGACUCCACGGCUAAGAUCAUUGUGGUGUUUUCGUCUGAUGUGGAUCUGAGCCCCCUCGUGAACGAACUGCUUAUGAACAAUGUCACCAAUCGCACUUGGAUUGCGAGCGAGGCCUGGGUGACAUCUGCUGCCGUCUCACGUCAACCAAAUAUUCUGCCUCUUCUGGGUGGUACAAUAGGGUUUGCGGUCAGGAGGGCAACAGAAAUACCCGGUCUGGAAGAGCACCUGUUGGGAAUCGAUCCCUAUCAGGACCCUUUGACCGAAGAGUUUUGGGAGAAAGCCUUUAACUGUACUCUAAGUUAUCAAACGGCUGUUCAGGGUGCUGGUUUGGCACCAACAAGCCUCUGCAAUGGAAAUGAGAUGUUAGGCAAGUUAAAUAAUACAUUUACAGAUGUGUCACAGUUGAGGCUUACGUACAACGUGUAUAAGGCUGUAUAUGCUGUGGCACAUGCCCUGCAUAACCUAGAGCACUGUAUGCCGGGGAAAGGUCCUUUCGAUGGCGGCAGCUGUGCUGACAUUAACAGUUUUGAACCUUGGCAACUGAUGUACUAUCUGAAAAAUCUCAGAUUCAAAGUUCCUCACACUGGAGAGGAGAUAUACUUCAAUAAUGGCGAAGUGAAUGGGUUUUAUGAAAUCUUAAAUUGGCAGAGUGAUUCGGAGGGUGAAGUUUUGUAUAACCCCAUUGGUUACUAUAACAGCACACUGGCCCUCGAUGAAAGGCUCACGAUUGACAACACAUCUAUCAUAUGGAACAAUGACAUUCUGGAGCCACCACGCUCCGUGUGCAGUGAGAGGUGCCAGCCGGGAACCAGGAUGGGUAUUCGUCAGGGAGAACCUAUUUGCUGCUUUGACUGCAUUCCCUGUGCAGAUGGCGAGAUCUCUAACACAACAGAUGCAAGGGGUUGUAUCCAAUGCGAUGAAGACUACUGGUCCAAUGCUAAUCAUGAUGAGUGCGUGCCAAAGACCAUUGAGUUCUUAGACUUUUCCGAAGCUCUUGGGAUCACACUAAUCGCCAUCUCUGCUUUCGGUGCUCUUGCGACUAUCGUAGUCUCGAUCAUCUUCUUGAUGCACCUUAACACUCCUCUGGUGCAGGUGAAUGACCCUCUGCUUAGCUUCAGCCUGCUGUUCGGUUUGGUGAUCACCUUCCUCUGCUCUAUUGUGUUCCUGGGAAGGCCUCAGAUGUGGUCUUGCAUGACCAGCCAGGUGGCACUUGCUGUCGGCUUUGCUUUGGUCCUGUCUUCACUCAUGGGCAAAUCUGCUCUUCUCAUGCUGAGAGCCAGAGCAGUUAAAGCCGUCAAAGCUGCCGCCAAAGCAGCCAAGGCAGCAGCUGCAGCUUCCGAGCAGAGUCCCGACACUGCCGUCAUUGCCCCGGCUGUGCCGCAGAAGAAUGACGUUGACCCCAUACAUCCCAGGCACCAGAGGGCGAUAAUGUUGGUGUGCACCCUGAUUCAAGCGGUGGCCUGCACUGUGUGGCUGAUCUUGAUUCCACCCCACCCGGUGAAGAACACGGCCGCCCAGAACAUCAAGAUCAUCCUGGAGUGUGACCCUGGAAACAUCAUCUUCAUCUGCUCCAUCUUUGCUUAUGACAUUCUUUUGGCCGUGAUCACUUUUGCCUUUGCUUUCGUGUCACGAAAGUUGGAAGACCACUUCAGUGAGGGCAAGUGUGUCACUUUUGGCAUGAUGGUAUUUUUUAUCGUUUGGAUCUCAUUUGUGCCAGCCUACCUGAGUACACGGGGGAAGUUCAUGGUGGCCGUGCAAAUCUUUGCCAUUUUGGCAUCCAGCUUCGGUCUGCUGGCUUGUAUUUUUAUCCCAAAGGUUUAUGUGUUGCUUAUCAAGCCUGAUAGAAACACAGAGGAGAUGAUGAUUCCCAGACCAAUAUCUCGCAAUAAACCUGCCACUGGAAGCGCUGCAUCGAUCGCCAGCAUUUCUAAUGGCAAUGGAACCACAGUGUCUACUGUGUCUCUGGACUGA